AUGGACGGACUAGGCACAUUUUGCGAUAUUGAAACCGCUGAACUCAAAAUAUUAUUGCGUGCAAGACGACGAAAAGCUAGGUUGGAACUUUCAGAAUCAGCACCUAUUGUUUCUGAGUCCGAAAAAGAAGAAGCUAUUUCUGUUCAUUCCGAAGACUCCGAAGUUGUUUCUGAACCUAUGACUGAACCACAGGGUGAAGCCCCACCACCUCCGGCAGAGAGACUUUUUGGUGACUAUGGGGGUGCAAAUGCUCCUACUGGAAGGUUAACAAUUGUGAACCAACCGAAAGAAGGAGAGUCACUCGGAGACGCUUACAAGCGGUUCAAGCGGUUGUUGGUUGCAUGUCCUACACAUAACAUGGAGAUAAAAGAGAAUGAAGUUGUUAGUGAGAAGGUGACAGUAUCUGAACCGGUAGCUAAAGAAAAAGUUAGUGAAUCCAAGCCGGUUGUUAAACUCCCGUUUCCAACAAGAAAUAAGAAGAAGGAGAACCAUGAGAAGAACUUUGAAAAGUUCUUGGAGAUGUUCAAAAAGCUUGAAAUCAACAUUCUGUUCUUGGAGGCACUUGAGAAAAUGCCCUCUUAUGCUAAAUUUAUGAAAGACAUUAUUUCAAAAAAGAGGAGCAUUGACACUGACUUUAUUGUACUAACCGAAACUUGCAGUGCUAUUUUGCAGGGUAUGAAGAUCCCGAUAAAGAAAAAAGAUCGAGGCUCGGUGACUAUCCCUUGCACUAUCGGGGAUAGAUCGUUCAAGAAGGCCCUUAUAGACUUGGGGGCAAGUGUGAGCCUCAUGCCUUUAUCCAUUUACAAGAGGUUGGGGAUUGGAAAGGUACAGGAUACCCGAAUGACGCUUCAAUUUGCUGACCACUCUAUGAAGAGACCUUGUGGAGUGGUGGAAGACGUUCUUGUGAAGAUUGAUAAGUUUGUCUUCCCGGUAGACUUUGUGAUCUUAGAAAUGCCGGAAGAUUAA